AUGGACGAGAUCGAGACUUCGACCUCGGUAUCUGACAAGCCAGCACGCCGCCGCAACGGCCGGCUGCAGGCCUGCGAGCCAUGUCGGAGGAGGAAGGUGUCGUGUGACCACGCGUAUCCCGUGUGUAGGAGGUGCAGAGCUCGGAGCAAUGCAGACAGCUGUGUAUAUCUCGCCCCGCAGCAGACGCCGCCGGGCAGCCGAAAGCCGACACCGCGACGGUUGAGCGAGGUCGCUGGGGCAAGAAGACAAAGCAAUGGCCCACUUCCGCCCCAAUCGAUACAUAAUGGGAUAUCAUCCACUGUCAAUCCCCUACCGGACCCAACUGAGGCCCGUGGCCUCCCUUCGGAGACCAGCCCAGGCUAUCUCGGCUUCACGAGCUUCUCGGCUGUGUAUCAAGAGACCCAAAACAGCCUCUCCCUCGUACAGGGCGCAACCAUCCUAUCCCAAAUGAGGACUCCCAGCUCAUCAGAUGCCGCUGAAUCGAGCCGGACAUCGGCCAACUUGACUCCCAGGACCCUCGAGACCUGCCUCGCGGUCCUUCGCCGCAUCCCCGGCCAUGACGUCUCUCUCUCCCUCUAUAAUAAGCACAGGAAUCCCAAUGACGGCUGGGUUCGUUUGGCCGGUCAACGCCUGGCCCGGUCACUCCAUGAAGCUUUCGAUAAAGAACUGCGCUCACGGAAAGCCUCCGACCUAGAGUCAAUGGCCCAGGUCAUCUCAAACAACACUGCCAAGCUCUGGUCCGAGGACGAGCCCGAUCCUGACAAGUGGAUAACAUCCUUCUCCGGCCGCAACAUGCGAUGGGAGUGCAUCGGCAUCCUCUUCACAUACUGGGGUCUCGCCGCCCUGGCCGAUCAUGCGCAUCGGCCCGAACCCGGUAGGACGCUGGAUGCAGUGGAUCCCAGACGGAUGACCCUGGUGUACCAGCACGCUGCACAGCUUUGCAUUGACCUGUGCAAAGGCUGUGCGCCCAACAGUCUGCUCCUGUACCUCAUGUACAAGGUAGCCAUCCUGGAGUCCAUGCUAAGUGGAGAUGCCUCGCCCUCUUUCUGGGGGAAGUAUGGCGAGGUUGUCGCGACUGCUACCUAUUUGGGCCUGCACGCUAUGCCACAUGACAGUACAUAUAUGCCGACCGCUUCGUCAGAGGCCAGAAGGCGGCUGAUCUCACAGAUCUUCGUCGUCGACAAGGUCGGUGCCUCGUUCUGUGGAAGGCCGCCUCUGAUGAGCAGGAAGUAUCUCCUGACGCCUCUACCUCUGGAUAUGAGUGACGAGGUACUCCUUUCUAGUCCCGAAGAAAUUGCCAGAGAGGUCCAGAGACUUGACGAGCAGGGUUGGAACCGGAAUGGCGACCACUACUCGACCACAAUCAUGCGCGCUAGGAGGCUACUGAUGACUGUAAAGGAAGAGGUGAUGGAGCUUGCCAUGGGUCCUCCGAUGUCUGCGUCAAUCGAGGCCUUGCUGGACCUCAAUAUGCGCCAGUUGGCCCUGAUUUCGGACCUACCAGGGACACUGCAGUACCGGUCUGAAGACGUGCGGAAUCACAACGUCUCCGGCCCAGUACUAUACACCAAGGUGCUCGUCCACCUCGAGAACCUGCAAAAUCUGUUCUUCAUCGACCGAAUGCUUGUACAGCGAGGUCAUGCUAGCCAUGCCGACUUGCUGAGUGUCAGCUUUGAGAUGGUCGCGACAACCCUGGUGUUCUGGACGCAUAUGGAUCGCCUGGCCGGGGAUCUCGUCAACUGA